AUGACCGACAACGAUCCGGGAUCAAUAUACGAAGCGGGCGUCCGAAUCUCAUUACUUCUGGACAUGAAUCGCGACCUGGAGAGUCAAAUCCAAACUGACGCAACGAAAGAAGCGAUUCUUCGCCCUCUCAUCAACAAGAACAUACUCGAGAGAGACAGAAUAAACGCGAUGAUGGGAAGCCUCUGCAAACACGAACUGAACCGCUCCCAGUCUUUUGCCCAAGGUCACCAAACAACCGCGAAUUAUCGAGAAGAAGCUCACAUCACAGCCACAUUUACACGAUACAUGACAGACACCUCCAAACUCGAUGGAAGUUCACACGCAGAAUUUACGAACUUCUUGGGCCGACUUUCGAUAUUUUACAAAGCACACGUCGAAGGUCACGCAAGCAGACUAAAAGCAUUCUUGAACUGCGUUUACUCACACCUCGAUAUCUCUAUCGAGCGACAGAUCGAAGCCGAUGAUGUCUUCGAAGUCAUAGAAGCCAUGCUGCUCUAUCUCCAGUUACGAUCCAAUGAGCCUGAAGUUUUCAAUCAGAUUUCUCCUUCCCUGAGCAACGUCUUCUCAAUAAAGGAACUUGCUCGUCUGGCACAACAAACCAUCCAAAACAGAGUUGACACCUCUGUCUCCGUCAACUUCCUAAAGAAGAAAGGCGGUAGAUGGAACAGGCGAAAGAAAGGCCCGAAAGACGGAAACUCGAAUAGCGAAGAUACCGACUGCGACGACAAAUCCGAAAAGAAAGUGAUGAAGACGACAAUUGAAGAACAACUGGAACCAUUCCAAUACUAUCAACUGAAGUCGAAGAAUUCAAUCAAGACUAACUUCGCAGCUACAACCAUCACGGUGGACUCUAAAAGUUUUGACACCAUGAUGGAGGGUGUGGCUCAUAGCCGAGUCAAAUGUUUCCGAAUCACCCACAAUGAGCGAUCUAAAGCUACGAACGUUACCGCGGACAACAAAAAGUUUACGUUAGCUGCAUCACCAAACUCCCGUGACCAAGGAUGCCCAGCGAAGCGAGUAAAAGAGGUGCUUAACAACACAUUUCCGGACAAUAGCGACAAGUCACAACAGGUAGAUGAGGCUUCGCUCCUUCGGAAUGGUCAACCGGGAAAUUUUCCGUUCGGGGCGGAAACAAAAAAUCCCCCACCGGCGAGACUCCUUGGCCGAGACAUCACGCAGUCUGAGGCUAGGCCAGGCCCAGAAAAUCUGUUGAAACCGCGGAUGAUGGAACCCCCAGGGAACUUAAAGGAACUCACGUCGGUAAUUGAGCCUCUUUGGGUUCGACCAUUUCUUGAAACGACAGUGGGAGAAAAGAUCGCAACAGACAGCUUUUCUCAUCGCAUUGUGCCACUUUACUCAGUCAGAAACUCGGCGACUGACACAGCCGUUUUCAAAGGGUCACAAAAUGCGAAUUUCGCGCUAAAGGAGCUACAAAUGCGAUUGGCUCGCCCUCCAAAAUGGGCAUAUUGGUCAGCCGCGGAUUCCAACACUCACAAAGAACACCUUGCGAUUGAAUGGGGAUGCGAGUGUCCGGAGAUGAUGCUAAAUGGACACCACUUCUACCUACAUUCCGAUCAUUGCAACUUGCUCUUUCUACAACUACAAAACGGUAAAAUGCCGGAUUUAGCUUUGUCCAGCAUCAUCCAGCACAGUGGUCACGCUUCUCGACGACUCGACAAUUUGAAAUUCAUCGACGAUUUCGAAAUGGACUGUAUUUUCCCUCACCUCACCUCGACCAUCAAGUCGAAGGCUCAUCAAAUAGCUCAACCGCGAAUUCCACCUCCAAAGAAAUCAACUCAAUCGGAUUCAUCGUCUCAGGGGGAGAGGAGUUAUACGCCCGUCAAAAGGUCUCAGGUUCAGACUAUCAACCCAGAUAUCUCGCCUGUGAAAUAUGCCGCGGAUGAUACUACUGGUGGAACCACCUUGGAAAACACCAUCUCCGAAUCAGCCCAUUCUCAAGCUCUAUCUACCCAGAACUUAGAUGUCAAGUCGCGUGAUGCGGCAGAUUUAAAUCAUACGUCAGAAAAUGUCGCAUCACAAAAGAGACCCAAUCCAGUGCAAAAACGACGUCAAAAGCGAACUCGACCCGAAGCUUCUCCGAACAGUACAGUUGUCGAACUGGAUUCGAAAGCGCCGCGGACAUCAUCUCGAGUGAAAACCCAAGUUCAACCGAUGAACAUCAGUAGCUCCAGCAGCAAGAGCUACAACUAUGCGUAA